GGCUUAUGAGUCGUUAGUCUGAGUCGAGCUUGAGCGAGCUGGGCUCCAUGCUAAGCCCUCCACUAUUUAGUGAACGCAGAACUCCCAUCGAUCGCAACAUCAGCUUCUUAGCCAUGGCAUCGGAAUCCUCGCCAUGGUGGGACUUCGACAUCGUCAUCUUCGGCGCCUCCGGCUUCACGGGCAGGUACGUGUUGCGUGAAGCCCUGAAGUUCCUCUCAACACCUACCUCUCCACUCAAAACCCUAGCCCUUGCCGGCCGAAAUCCUUCCAAGAUAUCGGAAGCCUUAGCGUGGGCAGCUUCACCCAGCUCUCCUCCUCCCAUACCCAUCUUCUACGCCGAUGUCUCUGAUUCGUCCUCACUUCUCACUCUUUUCGAACGCACCCGCCUCGUUCUCAACUGUGUCGGUCCCUUCCGCCUAUACGGCAACCCCGUCGUCGCUGCGUGCGCUGAGGCGGGUACUGACUACCUUGAUAUAUGCGGCGAGCCUGAGUUCAUGGAGCGAAUGGAGGUGGAAUAUCACGAGAGGGCGAAAAUGACGGGAUCUUUGGUGAUUUCGGCUUGUGGAUUUGAUUCGAUUCCGGCGGAGAUGGGUUUCAUUUUUCACUCGAGGCAGUGGGAGUCGCCUGCUGCGGCUAAUCGGGUGGAGGCGUAUGUGGUUUUGGAGUCGGAAAGGAGUAUUGUGGGGAAUAUCGGUACUUAUAUGUCUGCGGUUCUUGGGGUGGCUAAUGCUUCGAGUUUACAGGAGCUAAGGAGAUCUAGACCUAAAAGAGCACGCCCGCAGAUUCCUGGUCCUCCUUUCAAACCUAAAUCCAUUGAGCGGCAGAAGUCAUUGGGUCUCUGGGCACUGAAACUACCCUCUGCUGAUGCCAUUGUUGUUCGCAGAACCUUUGCAGCUCUUACAAAGAACCCGCAAGGUCUUCAAGGCGUCAUUGAAUCUGUCGAGCACAAGGUGAAGAGAAGACAACUAUGGCCAACUGUGAAACCAGCCCAUUUCGCAGUAAAGAUCGGAUCAAAGUCUCCAUGGGCCAUCAUCCGGUUCAUAUUUACUGGUUUUUUCAUCGGUCUCUUUGGAACGUUUGCAUUUGGGAGGAAGCUUCUGUUGAGAUUUCCUGGCCUCUUCUCCCUUGGUUGGUUUAGUAAGAGAGGACCGACAGAAGAAGAAGUUAAUAGUGCCACUUUCAAGAUGUGGUUUGUAGGACAAGGCUAUAGUGAUGUCAAACUUGCAGCAGAGGGUAAAACAAAGCCUGAUACUGAGAUAAUCACAAGAGUAUCAGGCCCUGAGAUUGGAUAUUUGGCCACCUCCAUCAUCCUGAUUCAGUGUGCCUUCAUUGUGUUAAGCCAACGGAAAAACUUACCAAAUGGAGGAGUUUAUCCACCUGGAAUCAUAUUCGGCGCGACUGAUCUGCAAGAACAACUUCAGGCAAAUGGGAUAUCUUUCGACUUCAUAUCCAAGAGAUCUUUGCGACAGUAAGUUUUUUUAGGCUUCGUUUGGGAUAAUUUUCUUAUUACUUUUUAAAGUAGGUUUUUAGUACAAAAAUUAAAGCUUUAUACUAAAAAGCUGCUUUAAAAAACAAUAAAAAAUCACCCCAAAUGACUUCUUAAGCUUUGUUUGGGACGGUUUUUUUACUACUUAUUAAAGCAGUUUUUUAGCAUAAAAAUUUUAAUUUUUAAACUAAAAAAUUGUUUUAAGAAGCAAUAAAAAAACCAUCUCAAACGAAGGCUUCAUCAGCAAUCUGUAAGUUGUGCUUCAUUGCCAAAGGAUUGUGUUUAGGCAUGCAGCAUGAUAACAAUCCCACGAUAUAUAUCCUUUUGCUUUGUAGUUUUUGGCUUAAAAAGUACAAGUUUAGGUUUUGGCUUCCUUUGAUCA